ACCUUCCAACAUUCUAGCACAUAUAAACCGCUAGUCUUUCUUCAAAGUGGGACGGGUCUUCUCUCACGAUAAGGGUCCCCGUUAGAUACAUAUUCACGUUCGCCGCUUGUCCAUGUCCGUACUUCAAAGAUUGCGGCCUCGAGUGGCCCAUAUACAAGGGCGGACAAAUGUGGUCUUCUCACCGGACGGAAGCCGAAUAUUGAGCGUUGGGGACGACGCAAUUUUACGAAUCGUAUCGACGACAGCGGUUCGUGAUGGGGACGAAGAGGAUGAGGACGCCAUAAAGGUCGAGCAACAUAAAGGGGCGAUCACAUGUAUACAUGUCGACAGCGAACGGAUCGUGACAGGAUCUGAGGAUCAUUCCGUCUGUCUAUACUCUCUACCAACUGGUCAAUAUCAACGUCUGCUUCUGCGCUGCACUCUCACAGUUCGAGAUGUGGUUUUGCGACCAGGAAGACAUGGAACUAAUAAAGCACAAUGGGCAGCGAUAGCGUCAGAUGAGCUAGAUAUCAAACUGGUAGAUACGGAAGACAUCACGAAUAUCAUGACGCUGAGAGGUCAUCGUCGGGGUUUAAAGUCUCUAUCAUUUGACUCUCGUGGGGAGUUCUUGGUCUCUGCCGGAUCAGAUGGCGAGUUGAUGGUUUGGGACCUACGAGGAGAGAAACCCAAGUGUGAGCGGGUCCUGCGUUCAAUAAUUGCCACGUCAGAUCCAGAAACCAACGAAUACUGUCGAAUGUCGUGGCAUUCCUCGGGGAAACAUUUCGCAAUACCGGGCAAGCUGGGUGAUACCGUUAUAUUAGAAGCCUAUACCUGGAGGCAUCUGUAUUCUCUGAAAGAAGCAAAUCAGAGUGAUUGUAUUGCACUCGUGGCCUGGUCUAAUAGUGGAUCUUUGCUGGCUACCGUGACCGUGCAAGGACGCCUGUGCAUAUGGAAGCCAGAUGACGAUAGAAAAAACCCACUCUUCAGAGAUCAGGCAAAGUGCCGCAUAACGGGGUUGGCGUGGCAUCCGAAGGCGGAUGAUCUAUGCAUGACUGACGAGCUUGGUAGAAUGUCAUAUUGGGCAAAUGCUGUACCGGCGUCCGCACAGGAAAAGGGAGAGCUGGAAAGACUCUUUGAAGAGGAGGCGAUGGAAGUAGAUGAAGGCGAUGAGCAGCGAAGCGACACGCCCGGGAAGAAAGAUGACGAACUUGCACAAUACAAUGCCUCCAUGCUUGAUGACUUUGGGGAGGACGAGAAUCCGGACGACUUUGUAGUGGACGACGAUGGUGCCGGAUACGCAAAUCCUCUGGAUAAGCCUGGUCAGCUCAAAAAGUAUUAUGAAAAAGGAAGGGCGAAGGUACUUGCCGACCUCGAGCGAGAAUAUGGUGGUCGACGACAGAUGGACCUGUCGGGUCUUGAGGUACAGGAAGCUUUCCAACCCGGUGCAACACCUUUGCAGGCCGACCGAAGAUACUUAGCUUUCAACAUGGUCGGUGUGAUCUACACCAUUGAUUUACACACCCACCACAACGUGAACGUGGAAUUUCACGACCGAUCCAUACGCCCGUUUCAUUUCACCGAUUACCACAACUACAGCAUGGCGUGCCUUGGAGAAUCAGGAGCAUGCUUUGCUUCCGAAGCAAGUAGCGGAAAUCCGAGCACCCUUUUUUACAGACCUUUUGACACAUGGGCGACGAAAGCGGAUUGGACAAUGCACUUCCGAGAAACAGAAAGUGUUAAAGCCAUCGCAAUCACAAGUAGCGGCCCUGUUGCAGCGACGAGCCAGCGAUACUUGCGAUUUUUUUCGUACAGCGGAUUGCAAACAUUUGUCAUGUCGCUACCUGGUCCCGUGGUGACUAUGACCGGCAAGGGAGAUUGGCUGUUAAUUAUCUACCAUGCGGGAGGUGUAUACCAUGGUGAACAGAAUCUUGCUUAUAUGCUGUUCCAUGUCCCGACCAAAAAAUCGGUUCGACGGGAUGGUUUACCAAUCUCGCCAGGGUCCACCUUGCAAUGGGCUGGCAUUUCGGACUUGGGGAUACCAGCAGUAUACGACUCCGCCGGUGUCCUGCGCAAUCUAAUGCGACAUAAUGACUUUGCCUGGGUUCCAGUUCUCGAUUCACGAAUCGUGCGCGGCGAAAAACAAGAGUGGUAUUGGCCGGUGGAAGUGAUGGAGGAUCGAUUGAUGUGCAUCACAUGCAAAGGACUAGACCGGUCACCACCCUUUCCGCGCCCUUUGAUGAGCGAUAUACCCCUGCAAGCGCCGUUUCUCGACAUGGAUACACCCAAUGGUGUUGAGGAAGAAAAGCUCUUCCGUCUUUCAGUUCUCUCUAGCCAUAAUCGUGGGGAAGCGGAGGAAAGAGGAGAGGUCGAUUUGCGAGAAAAAGAUCUGCUUAAACAGGACGUGGAGAUGGACAAGAUUAUAGUUAAAUUGAUUCUGACUGCCUGUAAAGCGGAGAAGGUCCAGCGGGCUUUGGAUCUUUGUGGCAGUCUGCAUACUAUUAAAGCAAUCGACGGAGCGAUUAAAAUUGCUGUUAUGCAUCACUUACCUGCGCUUGCUGAGAGAAUGAAUAUCGUGAAGGAGGGGCGGCUUCGACAAGAAAGGCAAUCUGAAGAGAGGCGACUGAGGCAGUCAUUUCAAACGGCGUCUACGCCGCACAGUGGAAUAUCUGCAGUUUUGUCUGCGAUGGACAGCGAUGUCGGACGAAACGGUAGUCAAGCUAGGGUGCGCUCUGACGAGAUGCCUCCUCCGGUUCCCGUCAGAAUCCGGAAUAGUAGAGGUCGAACGUCAUCAGGAGGAAUCGCCAAGGAAACCUCUGCGUGCCCGGAUAAGGUAGACGUCACCGACGAACUGGAACCCAGCGAAAAGUCUGAGGCGACAUCAACAGUAAAGGAAGGCCGCAAUUCCACACAUGCGGUCUCUGGAAGCACAUCCGAGAAUGAUACCCGGGGAACCACCUCCCAUGUGCGCAACCCUUUUGCUGUAGGAGGUAUCUCUAAACCACCAGCGAUGAACGGGAGUAAAAACCUUUUUGAUGCAAUCAAAGGAGUGACCAGUGCGAAGAGAGCUGACGCUGAUGCAAAGGGCAGGGAGAAUGAGGACAAUGCGAGAAAACGAAAGAAUCAAACAACCUUGUUUGGCAUUUCUAGGAAAGACGAGGAUGGAGUGCCCCCGAAUGAGAAAAGGGCAAGAAGGACCGAAAAGAAGCAUGCAUCAAUAGAUGACAAUGAUGUUCGAUCCAGUGACAACCAAAUGAAAGGUGCUGUUCAUGCUAUCACUAGCUUCUUUGGCCGGACGGUAAAUGAGGACGGACCAGCGGAUGACAGACCAGAGGAUGACAUGACUGUUGACGAUGGUACAGAAGAGAUGGAGUCGGUCACAGAACAAACCAAGACAAGCGAACCCAAUGUAACAGAUGACAAGGAAAACGAGGAAAUAACAAUAGCUGAUGACGACGACGGUGCAAAGCGUCACUUGGGUAAAUUCAAGUUUGACCGGAAGGGAAAGGGAAUUGCCAAAGGUUUUUGACCGGAAGGGAAAGGGAAUU